GAGCACAUCUCCGCUGAUCUCCAACCGAACCAUAGUCCUCCGAACCAAACGAAUACUGACUGUUACCGACCGAUAAAAACAGCCGCUAUGAAGAAGCAGACGCUUUUCCUCCUCUGGCUGCAACUUUUCACCGCUUGUCUAGUGUUUGGGGUCAACGGUGAUUACUGUGAGGUCAAUGUGUGCAGCAAUGGUGGAACCUGUGUGACUGGGGCAGGGGCUCCGUUCAUCUGCAUCUGCCCCGAUGGCUUCUCUGGAGAAACUUGCAAUGAAACUGAGACUGGGCCCUGCAACCCCAACCCGUGUAAGAAUGAUGCCAUCUGUGAGUUAACGGGCCAGACCCGCCGAGGUGAUGUCUUCAGUGAAUACGUCUGUAAAUGCCAGCCGGGCUUUGAUGGAGUUCACUGCCAGAACAGUGUCCAAGGGGCAGAUUUAAGUUCAAACAAAGAUGUAAACGACUGUGCUGGCCAGCCAUGUGAGAAUGGUGGCACCUGCAGAGACCUGGAUGGAGAUUUUAAAUGCCACUGCCCUUCCCCUUACGUAGGGAAACAUUGUCAACUCCGCUGUAUAUCUCUGCUCGGCAUGGAGGGAGGGGGCAUCGCUGAGUCCCAGAUCUCAGCCUCAUCAGUCCGCUACAGUUUGCUGGGCCUGCAGCGCUGGGGCCCUGAGCUCGCCCGCCUCCACAACAAAGGACUGGUUAAUGCCUGGAGUGCAGCUGCACAUGACAAGAAUCCAUGGAUCGAAAUCAACAUGCAAAGAAAGAUGCGCUUUUCAGGUAUCGUGAUGCAGGGCGCCAGUCGUAUGGGCACAGCUGAGUUCAUCAAGGCCUUCAAAGUGGCCUCCAGCCUUGACGGCAAGAUGUACACCAUGUACAGAACAGAUGGACAGAGGAAGGACCAUGUGUUUGUGGGGAACGUGGACAAUGACGGCACCAAGACCAACCUGUUUGACCCCCCAAUCAUUGCCCAGUACAUCCGCAUUGUUCCUGUUGUGUGUCGCAAGGCUUGCACAAUGCGCAUGGAGCUGGUGGGCUGCGAACUCAACGGUUGUUCAGAGCCGAUGGGCAUGAAGUCCCGACUGGUGUCUGACCGCCAGAUCAUGGCCUCCAGCACCUUCUGUACCUGGGGUAUUGAAGCUUUCACCUGGCACCCUCACUACGCCCGGCUGGACAAACAGGGCAAGACCAACGCCUGGAUCGCUGCCACUAACAACCGGUCUGAGUGGCUGCAGGUGGACCUGAAAUCUACCAAGAAAAUAACAGGAAUCAUCACACAGGGGGCCAAAGACUUUGGCUCCAUCCAGUUUGUUACAGCUUUCAAAGUGGCCUACAGUGAUGAUGGGCGGUCCUGGACUAUAGUGAAGGAUGAGACAACAAAGACAGACAAGAUCUUCCCAGGUAACAGCGACAACAACGUUCACAAAAAGAACAUCUUUGAGCCGCCGUUUUAUGGCCGAUAUGUCCGCAUCCUGCCCUGGGAGUGGCACGAGCGCAUCACCCUGCGAAUGGAGCUUUUGGGUUGUGAUGAGUAGCGCUGCCGUAGAACCCGUCCCCCCACCUCCUCCUUUCUCUACCUCCUUCCCCCUUCCAGCCUCCUCUUUCCUCCCUACCUUGUCCCUCCCCUCCUGAGCCACACCUGCACUGCCUUGCUCUCAGCCCUAGGGGGCAGCAAACACCAGAGUAGCACACAACCACCCAGACCCUGGCUGGUUGAAGGUGGGAGAUGUUACCCUUAACCGCUGUUACCAGGACCCUUAUUGAGCUAAGCUCAUGUGUCCCCUCAUUUCUUUGUUUCCUGAUCUGAUCACUCAUCUUUUCCACCGGAACCAAAUCUGUGAUCUCUUCAAGAAGCAGGGCUGGGAUCAGAUUUUGUCCCACUUAUUGGCUAAAUAAAGGUGGGGAUUCCCUCAUUCCUGUGUCAGAGGUCAGGGGUAACAAGACUGCUGCUGUAUCAGUUGGUGCUGCCUGGACUCUGAUUAUAGAUCAGUUCUACCUGGAACAUUGAACCUCCAAGACCCACGGCUGGUGAUGUACAUAAGCUCCACUAAAAAGCUUGCACACAUCCUUUAACUGACCACUUGAUGUCCCCUCAAGUCACAGAAAAUAUAUAUUAUCUUACGUGGAUACACUGAUAUGCAUGAUCAGUUAUUUUUCUUCACCAAAAUGUGUCUGCUCAAAAAACAAACAACCAAACAAAAAAAACAGGUUCAUAUAUUGGCAAGUAACUUGAACUUUGUCUUCUGGUUUGUUGUGCUAAAUUAGCAACUCAUAUCUAAACAAUACAGUAAAACAUAUUUUUAUUUGUUGAGCAAAGAUAAGUGACUGAACAUUUCAAGGGUUCCCACUGUGUGCUACAGUAUUCCUUGUAUUUCUCUGCAGUGGUUUGGACAGUAAAAUCCUCUGUUUAUGUUUCCUCAUGUACAUUUGUUUGGACUGCUUUAAGAGGUUUAACAUCUGUGGUGUAAACAUAGUGUUCAUUUAAACAUACACAAAUAACAGCUAAUAACAGACGAGCGAAAAUCCUCCAUUUAUACAAGUAACUGUUACUGAACUGGUGCACGAAACUGUUUUCAUGAUUUGGCUGCUUCCAAUCAAAGUAUAAAGUCAUGUCAUCUUGUGCCAACACACCCUCAGGUUUUUGUGUUUGUGGGUUUAUUUAGAAAAAUCUAGUAACUACCGCACACACACACACAACUAAAAAGGAAUCAAACAUGUUAAGUCUCUGUCACUGUGAGAUUUAAUCAGUCAGUGAACCAUCACAGUCUGUCUGUUUAGCAGCCAAACAGAUGUGAUCUCAAAGCCAGAGGACACACCCUCAUUGACAGACAGGAUGUUAUAAACAAAGGACAAAAAGAGUUUAAGAUCAUUGUUGAUGGGAAAGAGAAGAGAGACUGUUUAUUGCUCUUGAGGAAAAUGCCACUGAGAUUUACACAUGUGGCCGUCACGAGCUGGUAUGGUGUGUUCUGCCAAGAAAAGGACAUCUUACGCAACAACUCAUGUUUUCAAGUCUUACAUUAUGUUUUGGAAAAUGAUCUCACCUUUGGCAGUAUAUGUUUUAGUCACUUGACCACUUUUUUUCUUUGUGACAGUUAAUGCAGUUUUUCAUAUGCCAUUGGCUGCUACAGGAGAUGUGAAUCAAAUUUCAUGAGGUGGUUUAUUUUAGAAAAAAAGUCCCUUUUAUGGUUAGUUUACAGUUAAAUAGUCUAGGUUUUAACAGGCUGUUUGAUGUGGAAUGAAUAUGGAAGAAAGCCUGAUAUUUCUCCCCAUCUGUGAUUUUCACAACUACUUCAGACCUGGACACUUCUUUGAAAUACUUCUGAUCCAUUUUUUUUUCUUCUUUUGGUAACAGCGUUCUUGGAUUGGCAGACAGCUAUCGAUGUAUUAUACAUUACACCAGUGUUUUGCUAGAAUAACAGUAUUAAAGCAGUAAUUGUCCAAGAAUUGUGUGUAUUACUAAUUGCUUAGCCUCAUAAAUUAAGAAAUAACAACAAUGUGAUGGCUGCAAGUUUAAAAAGAAUGAUGGAUAUUAUCGUCUCAGGUCAAAGCAGAUCUGCUCCUAAUGUACAGGAAGUGCUACUGAGCACUACUCCUUCGCUCACUCACGUGGCUGUGCUUCUCGUUGUGUUCACCCAGUUUCACUUUUUUAUGGCACUUUGAUGUUUGUGUUUUGAUAUUUGAAAUAUUAAAAAACAACCAAAAAGAAAAACAAACAAAAAAAAAACAGUAUUGUGCAUUGAAGAACAAAGAGUAAACAUAUUCGUUAUUACAUGUAGAGGUAAAAUAGGAGAGAAAAACAGGCUUGCAGUUCAGUGUCUUUGUUAGAUUAAACUGAGAUUUAAAAGUCUGGGGGAAUCUCUCGCUUUGGUUGCUAAGUGUUAAUAUGUGACAUGCAUAUAUAGAGUACUUUUGUACUGGGGUCUGUCCGCAUUAAUAGAUGUUAAUGUUUGCUGCAGAUCUUUUAUUUUGGGUCCAACAUUAUGCCUCCAGUUCAAAGCUGUGGCCCCGCUGAUAAGACGGUAAAAGAGAAACCAAAUUAAAGCUGAUUUUAACGGUUCCACUGGACAUGACACGACAUGCCAUAUCAUCUGCUUCUGCCGCCCCGUCACAGUAUUCUAAACCUUUCCACCCCAUGAAUUAUGAAUUAUGGGCUUGUGCAAUAUUAUACUGUGUUAGUUUUGAUAACAAUGAAUAUUAAUUCAAGAUCCUUAAAAAUGCAUGAGGGGAUAGCGGUGCCACUGAGAGGUCGCAGAUGGAUGUUGGUGUCAAACACUGUACAAUAUUUAUUAUUGUCGCAGACGAUUCCAUAACCCUUGUUAUCCACAUCUGCAUGCAUUUUAUUGACUAGUGUUGGGUCAGUUUUAGUUUAACCGAUUUGACUUCAUUGGUGACAUAGCUUCAUUUCUUUUGGGUGUUCAUCAGCUUUGAUGUUACUAUAGAUAUCUUGUUCCCCUGCUGUUUUAUAUGAUUGAUCAAAAAGAAAUUGAUGUGUUUUAUUGUAUUCUGAGUUCAUUUCUUGCUAUACUGACUGUUGACCUCAUAGAAUUUGGACUGGAUUUUUAUUUUUUUUUUAAUUAUUAUUAUUCCAGUAUUGUGUUUCUAAGAAAACCUUAUGUUUGGCCUUUAUAUCUUAAAAUGAAGAAUAAAUAAAGAAUUUAAAAACACA